AUGUCUAAGAGUACUAAUCAAACUGCCUUCGUUGUCGUUCCCUGUGACGAACAAAAGCAAGAACCAAUUUAUAAUAAAGAAAAUCAUAUUCAUUUAGACGGAACUGGAUUAUCUCAGAAAAGACCUUGUAAAUUAUGGAAAAAAGCUUUGAUAAUCAUCAUGUUCAUUUUCUUUGGUAGUCGUCUGUUAUUUCAUAGGAACUCCCUUUACUCUAAUAAUAAAACUUGUCAUGGAGUUCCAGUAACUCCACUUAAAAUAUAUGAACCUCAUACCUAUUAUGAAUCAUCUUGCAAUCCUUCGUACAAAUGGAAUGGUCCAAGCGAAUUGUUGAUUGAUCCUAGUGAGGUUUCUGGAUUAAUUUUUAACGUUAAGGGAAUGGCAUCGCAUGGAAGUGUUCUCAUUCGUCAUGACCCAAACGCAAAAUUUAUUACUGUUAAUAAUAAGAUUUAUUUAUCCGAAGAAAGUCUCCAAAAUGAAGUUGAUAUUAAAAUUGAUAUUAUUGAUGAAGAUUAUAUCAUCACCAUCGAGACUCCUUCGUUUGAUGGUCCACGUCCCACCGCGAAAUGUGUUCACGUUGAUACUAUAAUUACAUUUCCCAAACAAGUUAAUUUCUGGCGAUCUUUGGUUAUUGAUGUACCGAAUGGUUGGGUUACGAUUAAUGACUUGAAAAAUAUCGAAUUUGCUUAUGUUGGCUUAAAGACCAGAAAUGGUGAUAUCAUGAUUAAAGAUCUCAAUUCUGCUGUUUCCGAAAUUGCCACUAUUAAUGGGUUAGUCCACGGAUCAAUUGUAACUGCCGAAGCAUUGGAUAUCCGUACUGUAAAUGGUAAUAUUGACAUAAAUGUCAUAGUCAAUGAAUUUGCGGAACAUGUUGGAAUUACAACAAAAUCUAUUAACGGUCAUGUGGAAUUCAAUUUAAACGAUGAUCAAACCAUUGAUAUUAAAGCUGGUUCAGUUAAUGGAGGUAUUCUUGUUAUUGCGCCUGAUUCGUAUGUUGGAGAUUUCUCAGCUACCACCUUAAUUGGAUAUUCAUAUGUCUCUGGUUCUAACACAACUUUCACAAAGAAUAUGAGAAAUACUAAAAUCGGUUACAAAACAAAAUCAGGUGAUGACGAUGAGAGUGAUUCUCAUCGCCAACAUCAACAUCGACAUCGACAUCAUGAGAAAAAUAAGAAGAAGUCACAUAAAAACCGUCACGAAGAAUUCGAUUCACAUUUGGUUCUUGAAGCAGUGACCGGUGCUGUUGAAUUGUUAUUUAUGACUGAUAAUACUUAUUAG